GAGCAACUCUCAUAUUAUAAGUAUUAUUACUUGAUGCUCGUGGGAAAAGAAUUAUUGAUUCCAAUUUGUAUAAGUGCUUUAAAUUAUGGUGCAGAUUAUUAUUUUUGCACGCUACAGUUUCUGAGAAGACAACUACGAAUCUUUUGUACCUAAAUUUUUGGGCCCUCAAUGAUAGCUGUCACUCUCUUAUUCUCUUAUCUGCAUUCUCUUCUUCUGCCAUUCUUUUUUCAUUUACAGAUCAAUUCCUCUAUUUCUAACCAAGUCUUCUACUUUGGGCAAGGCAAGAGCAAAGCUUUUGCAGAACCUGUUAAGGGAAAAUGAGUUCAAAAAAAGAGAAUAACAUUGUGAAUGAUGAUGUCUCUCCAGGAAGAAUAAGAUCAGAUCUUUAUUCCUUUCAAACUGGGUUUCCUGCAGAAAUGCCAUCUGUUAUAUCAGUUUUAUCGUCGAUUGUGGAGAGGGCGGUUGUUAGAAACGAACGACUGGCAGCUUCUUACAGACCCAUUUCUCGGCCUGCAAAGUAUUGUGUGUUUGAUGGUUUUGAAGUGCCAGACAUGAGCAUUGAACGUUAUUUGGGUAGAAUUUUCAGAUACGUGAAUUGCAGCCCUUCUGUAUUCGUGGUUGCCUAUGCUUACAUCGAUCGUCUCAUUCAAAUGCAUCCCAAUUUCAGAAUUACUUGUCUCAAUGUGCACAGGCUUCUUAUCACCAGCGUCAUGGUUGCAUCAAAGUUCGUGGAAGACAUAAACUACCCAAAUUCAUAUUACGCCAGAGUUGCAGGUGUGAUUAGUACUGAAGAAAUGAAUAAAUUAGAGAUUGAGUUCCUCUUUCUUAUGGGCUUCAAAUUCCAUGUGACUGUAAAUGUGUUUGAGAGCUAUUGCUGUCAUCUGGAGAGGGAGGUGGCGUUGGGUGGAGGGUUUCAGAUAGAGAGGAGCCUUCGGUUCUUCUGUGAAAUAGAUCAAAGUUCUGCUGUCACAAGAAAAUAUUGUAAAAAUCACAGACAUUUUCUGAGGUGUGUAUAUCAUAAAUCUUAGAAGAAAUUAUAACUGAAGAAGUAUAUUAUGAGCUCCAUUAACAAAACAACCACUACAGCAGAGGCACAAAUUUUAUUGCACCUGCAAAUUCAAAAUAUACUUGAUAUUUUUUCAAUUACUGUAAUACUUUCAAGAUAUAAAAAAAUAUUUGUAAGGGCUUAAAUUUCA